AUGACCCAGCGAUCCUCUGUGACCAUCAAGUCCGGGGGCACACGGAACUUCAGCGCCUCCUCAGCCAGCCUGCUCCCUGGCUGCCGGCCUGGUUUCAGCUCUGUCUCCGUGUCCCAGAGUGGAAAGAGUUUUGGAGGUGGCUUCGGGGGUGGUUUUGGGACAAGAAGCCUGCACAGUUUCGGGGGUAACAAGAGAAUCUCCAUCGGUGGGGGCUACCGCUCCAGCCGGGCCAGCUUUGGGGGUGCUGCUUGCGGUCUGGGUGUCAGCGGCAUAGGGUACAGAGUUGGGGGAGCCUAUGGCGGGUAUGGAUUUGGAGGCGGGAUGGCCCCUGGAGCUGGAGGCAUCCAUGAAGUCACCGUCAACCAGAGUCUCCUCACCCCCCUGCACCUGGAGAUUGAUCCGUCUCUCCAGCGGGUUCGAAAGGAGGAGAAGGAGCAGAUCAAGACCCUCAACAACAAGUUCGCCUCCUUCAUCGACAAGGUGCGGUUCCUGGAGCAGCAGAACAAAGUCCUAGAGACCAAAUGGAGCCUCCUGCAAGACCACAAAACAACCAGGACCAACCUAGAGCCCAUGUUUGAAGCCUAUAUCACCAACCUGAGGCGCCAGCUGGAGUGUCUGGGAGGAGAGCGGGGCAGGCUGGAAACAGAGCUGAAGAGUAUGCAGGACGUGGUGGAGGACUUCAAGAACAAGUACGAAGAGGAAAUCCACAGGCGCACGGCGGCAGAGAAUGAGUUCGUAGUACUCAAAAAAGAUGUGGAUGCUGCCUACAUGAAUAAAGUGGAGCUAGAGGCCAAGGUGGACGCCCUGAUGGAUGAGAUCAACUUCCUGAGAGCUUUCUAUGAGGCGGAGCUGGCUCAGCUUCAGGCUCAGAUCUCUGAGACCUCUGUGGUCCUCUCCAUGGACAACAACCGUAGCCUGGACCUAAACAGCAUCAUUGCCGAGGUCAAGGCCCAGUACGAGGACAUUGCCAACCGUAGCCGGGCAGAGGCUGAAUCCUGGUACCAGACCAAGUAUGAGGAGCUGCAGCGGUCUGCCGGCCAGCAUGGGGAUGACCUCCGUACCACCAAGAUGGAGAUCUCUGAGUUGAACAGGGCCAUGCAGAGGCUGCGUUCUGAGAUUGAUAACCUGAAGAAGCAGUGUGCCACACUCCAGGCUUCCAUCGCUGAUGCUGAGCAGCGUGGGGAGUUGGCUCUCAAAGAUGCCAAGCACAAGCUGGCAGAGCUAGAGGAGGCCCUGCAGAAGGCCAAGCAGGACAUGGCGCGGCAGCUGCGCGAGUACCAGGAGCUCAUGAACGUCAAGCUGGCGCUGGACAUCGAGAUCGCCACCUACCGCAAGCUGCUGGAGGGAGAGGAGUGCAGGCUCACUGGAGAAGGUGUUGGCGCCGUGAACAUCUCUGUGGUCUCUUCCUCGGGGGGCUCAGGCUACAGUGGAGGUGGCGGCCUCUGCAUGAGUGGCGGCAGUUACAGCAGCGGCGGCUUCAGUGGCAGUGGCCUCUGCUACGGUGGCAGCGGCGGAGGGAGUGGCGGUUUUAGUUCCACCAGCGGUCGCAGUGUGAGUGGCAGCAGCUCAAGCAUGCGAAUUGUCUCCAAGACAUCGUCCAGCAAGAAGAGUUAUAGGAGCUAA